GUGCACCCAAAGAGGUGCGUCGUUCAGAAACAGGUUCCCCUUCUUGUUCCCCUUUCCCUGCCUGAUGUUUCUGGAACAUGUUGGGGCAAACACCUUUCACAACAGGACGGUAAAAACCAACAUUAAGGGUUAAAAACAUCGACCCGUCUGUGUUUAUGUAGUCACGGAGCUAACACGAUACAGUCCUUUAAGUUUAAAGUUUUAAAGUCUUCAAAAUGUUGAUUUUGAAACGCUUGGUGUGUGUUGUGGGCUCCAGCCUCCCUCAGUCCCCCUCCCUCUGUGUGAGGUCUUUAUCAGUCUGCCUCUGCCUGAAUUCCUCAAAGAGACAAAGCCCGUACAGUUCUGUGGACAGUGGACGCUACUCUUCUCUAGUAAAGUCCGUCAUGUCAACCAGGGUCAGCUCCCAGACUCCAGAGACCCUCCUAGCAGAGGACGAGCAGGUGUUCGGACCUGUUAUCAAAGCUCAAGCUCCAAGACCGGAUAUGAACGCACCAAAGACCCUUCACCCCUUCAUCUCUAAUGAGGGGGACCAGCAAGAACCAGAGGAGGCAGCAUCAGGACCUCCAACCCGGAUUACGUUAGCUCGGAAUCAAGGCAGGGGGUCGACACCGAGUGUGACCCGGGUCCUCCAGCAGACCCUGUCCCCGGAGCAGGUCUUCUACCUGGACAGGUGGAGGAGGAGGAUGAUCUCAGAGCUGGGAGAGGAAGGGUUCAGAGAGUACAGUCAGAAUUUAUUCAGACAAGGGAAGCUUUUCCACUCCGCACUGGAGGACGUUCUGACCUCAGGAACAACAUGGAAGAAUAAAGAUCCUUCAGAGACGCAGACGAGUCCUCCGGAGGUGCAGGGCUACAUGGAGAGCAUCUCUCACAUACUGGAGGACGUCAGCGCGGUGAGAGCGAUCGAAAGCACCGUGAAACACGACGCGCUGAACUACCUGGGCAUUGCAGAUUGUGUUGCACGCUACAGGGGAGUUCUUUGUGUCAUUGACUGGAAGACGUCAGAGAAGCAAAAACCGUUCCUGAGCAACACGUAUGACAACCCCAUACAGGUGGCGGCCUACGCAGGAGCUCUGAACAACGAUGACAACUACAAGUACCAGGUUGAAAACGGACUGAUCGUCGUCGCCUACAAGGACGGAUCACCCGGUCACGCUCAUCAGCUGAACUCAGAGCUGAUGUUAGAAAACUGGAAGAGCUGGCAGGUUCGUCUUGAGAAGUUCACUGAGCAGAGAUCCAAUCCUGCGUCGAACACUUCUUCAGAACAGAGAUGAGUGAUCUGCAGAGGAGCGUCCAUGCAGCAUGAUAUUAAAGGAAAGGCUCCCAUGCUGUCCAUGAGUACUUACAGUAUAUAACACCUGUGUGACACCUGUCUGUGGGUAUUUAAACAUCAUUCACUCUAAACCAUGCAGCCCUGCACGAGGGAUCCUCAGUGAAGCCCAGGUUUUUAAAGAUCCUGUAGGAGAGCGUGUUCUCCUCCUCUAUGAAGCAGUACAGCGGGGACUCUCUAGGCCAUGGUGCAGAUCAGGACUUUGGCGUAACCUUUCCCUCUGUGCUCUGGCAGAGAACGCAGCAGGAGGGGAAGUAAGCGAGGAUGCUCUGGAUCAUCCUCAGCUGAGAGAUCCAUGAGCUGCAGGAGAGUGUAACACAAGAGCUUUCAAUGCAGGAAGGUGGUUCCUUCAUGCAAGUAAGGAAUCAUGUAAUAGAUAUCCUUUCCUCUGCUCUUAAACAUGCACACACUCCAAGCUUUUAAAUUCAGCCCACACUCUGCAGGAUGUUAUUAUGGUUCAUCUGAUAAGAGAGCAGAUGCAAUGUGAAUGAUUUUAUAGAGAGUUUGGAAACAUCCUCCAGAAUCAUCAUGUGACACACGGCGUGUUGGUGACCCGGCACGUCUUUCUCAGACGCCACAGCUGGUUGAUGGUUUAAUCCUUGAAGAAUCAGGAAUUCAUCUAAGAUCAUUGCUACUUCUUUUAACAACUUUAAAAUGUGUGAUUUUUGUAUUUCUUUGCAUUAUUUAAAGAAGAUUAAAAGUUUCCAUUCAUUCA